UGACUGCCCCGUUCCUGGAAUAGUGCCUGACCCCGUGUGACCCGGGCGCAGGGCGACCCGGGCACGGACGGCCCACAAAUACGGCAGCCGCGGCUUUCCGGCCAACACUCACGCUUGAGACACAAUGGCCAGCGCGUCGAGCACAUCCUCUCCAAUGGACGUUGACUUCCCUUCCCUCGCGGAGAUGUCAGGGAUCCCUAAGGACGCGUUGGAGAUAUCGAUGGACUUCCGGCGAGCGGUCACCUCCACACCUGUUGUCCCCGGGACGCCCCUCUGCGCCCUCACCCUGCAGGAGGCGGGGCUGACCUCGUCCACCUUGGAGUGCAUGUCGAUCUCGUUCUCCGAAGAUUCUGCCAUGUCCGAAGAAACGGCGUCCUUCGUGGCGUCGUCCCCUCCAGGAGGAGCUCCCCGUGGAACCCCGUGCCCUCCGCGGGUUGACAGUGCAGCCGCCAAUUCAGCCUCUGACGGCACACCCGUGUGGAGUGGCGGGCGGUGCCAGAUCCCGUGCCUUGAGGAUGGGAAUCGCGGGAAGCCCCGGCGGCGAGGGCGCUUCAUUCACUUCGUCCACCAUCCCUUCGUCAUGAGGAAGCUCUUCGGGACCAGCUUGGCGGACAGGUGUGCUGGCGACUUGUAGGUCGCGGAGGCCGUGGAAGGAGCCCAGUGGGGAUCGGUGCAGGCGCCACCGCAUGGCUUUAGCUUAACUUCGUUUUGUAAAGAUGGUUGUACCAUGAUCAAUAAAGAACUUUUCUACGCUGUAAACGCUGUUUUUUCCAGCACGUCUCCUUAGCGGAAUAUUGUUUGUGGUAACAGAAUGUUUUCUUGCUACGUUUUUUUUUU